CCUCCUCCUCCUCCCCCCUCUGCAGCAUCAGUACCACCCCCCCUCCCUCUCUGCUCGCUCGGUUUUCCUGCCGGGCUGCUGCUUUACUCUGCGACCGCACGAGGACGACGGGAGGGUCCAACCGGAACCGGAUCCGCGGACGGGUUCUGCCGAGAGCCGGAGCGAAACCCGCGGAGGGGGCUCACGCGCGCGCCGAGAAACGCACCUGAGGAAGCAGCAGCGUCACCGCGCGGUCUUCCUCCUCCUUCUCUGUGCUGCUGGAACCGAGGAAGAGGAGGCGCGUGCUGACGGGGGUUCGGAGCGCGAGACGACGAAGGACGCGGUGCUGGACCCCCCUCCCCCACCAGAAGCGAUUCUCCAUCUUAGCGGCCGGUUCGGCGCGGGGACACCAUGAAGGACCGCACGGCGGAACUGCGAAGCGCGAAGGACAGCGACGAUGAUGAGGAGGUGGUCCAGGUCGACCGGGACCACUUCAUGGAUGAGUUUUUCGAACAGGUGGAGGAGAUCCGGGGCUGCAUAGAGAAGCUGUCGGAGGACGUGGAGCACGUGAAGAAGCAGCACAGCGCCAUUUUGGCCGCCCCCAACCCUGAUGAAAAAACCAAACAGGAGUUGGAGGACCUCACAGCGGACAUCAAAAAAACAGCCAAUAAAGUCCGUUCAAAAUUAAAAGCAAUCGAGCAGAGCAUCGAGCAAGAGGAGGGCCUGAACAGAUCAUCAGCGGACCUCAGGAUCCGCAAAACACAGCACUCGACGCUUUCACGCAAGUUUGUGGAGGUGAUGACUGAGUACAACACCACGCAGUCCAAGUACCGCGACCGCUGCAAGGACCGCAUUCAGAGACAGCUGGAGAUCACUGGAAGAACCACCACCAACGAGGAGCUUGAGGACAUGUUGGAGAGUGGCAAACUGGCCAUCUUCACCGAUGAUAUCAAAAUGGACUCUCAGAUGACCAAGCAGGCGUUGAAUGAGAUCGAGACCAGACACACCGAGAUCAUCAAGCUGGAAAACAGCAUCCGUGAGCUGCACGACAUGUUCGUGGACAUGGCCAUGCUGGUGGAGAGUCAGGGAGAAAUGAUUGACAGAAUCGAGUACAACGUCGAGCACUCUGUCGACUACGUUGAGAGAGCCGUCUCAGAUACCAAGAAGGCCGUCAAAUACCAGAGCCAGGCCCGCAAGAAGAAGAUCAUGAUCAUCAUCUGCUGUGUCGUCCUCGGCAUAAUCCUGGCAUCGACCAUCGGAAGCACAUUAGGCUUAUACUGACAUACCAGCGCCGAACCAACAGCCAGCAGAGAAAAAAACGGACGACGACGACGACCCAAAAACUUGAAACACAAAUGCAAGACAGCUAACCAAUCAGCUUAGAGGACAUAAGAGUCCAUACACAAUAAGAGGAAACACAGUGGGUUUGGGUGGGGUACAAAAAACAAGGAAAAAAACAGAAAUAAUGCCAUUACUGCUGACUUCACCACGCAGCGAUCUCUCAAGAGGGUACAAUAUUUAUGACAGAAAUGUAAAUGGAUUGAACAUAUACAACACCACGUGGGCUAGCUAUCUGUGCAAACUGGUAACCUAUAAUAUGACAUGUACUUUUGUUUGUUUGUUUGUUUGUUUGUUUGUUUGGCUUUGCUGUUUUGAACAUUUCCUGGUGCAUUCUGGGAGUCCCUGAGGACAGUAACAACUGUCGAGUCGGAUUUCUGUGGGAAACUUGGGCGCCUCCAAACCAUCCAGAAACCGUUUCAGAGAAUUCCGCAGUGCUCCAGAUCCGACUCUGGAGCACUGCGGACCCACCGCCACCCCCUGCAGGACCAGCACCCUCCCCGUUUCCGAGGAAAAGUCUGACCUCGCUGUGAAGCCUCCUGUGAUUGGCUCCUCACUGCUAUCAAUCACAUUGGCCGGUGACUCAACAAAAGCCCCGCCCAAUGAACCGUGAUAUGCAUGCUAAUGUUUCCACUAGUGUCCCAUUGACGUGGGGAGUCUCUCUGCCGCUAACAGCCUCCCCAUAAUGCACCUGUCCAACCAAAGAGCUGGGGGGGAGCCAGGAAGAAGGAGGGUUGGCUGGCAGCUAGAAUGAAGGGGAAGGGCUUACAGGUGGUUUGGGGGGGGGGGGUUGUACAUUCAAUCUAUGCAGCUUAGACAAAAGGAAGACCAGUUUUCCCACCUCCCUAUAUCAAGAGAACCGGUGAAAAUUAGGAUAACCGUCACAACCACAAAACGCCUCACAACCAAGCAUUCAGUCCUGGGUGCCAUUUUCACGCUGUCCUUCCUGGACCAAUUCCAAAAGAGAACCAGAACCAAGUCGGACAGCACAGUCACCAUAGUUUCCACCGUGUUAUGUUAUUGUUUUGGAUGACUGCUCCGUUGUUGCUGUUGUUACGGUCAUGCCUGGCUUGUCCCGUGGCGUCCGCCUGACAACGGCAGUGUUUCCUACGGGUGUGUCGCAGAGCCUCGGAUUUUGUUGGCAUUCUGCCGAACAGCGGCUUUGGCUAACGGUGGACUCUUUGGACUGUGGGUGGUGGUGCACUCACAUUCAUUCACCUCUUUGUUUGGACACUCCGUACUCCUCAGUCGCACGUGAACGUCCCUGGUGUUGCUGCUGGUGUUAGGGUUAGAGCGCUCUGCAUGCCGUAGCGUUAGCUUCAGUGUUGUGUCAUUUGUGUAGAAGCUCAUUGAAGCGUUUUCACCUGUUUUGCCGUCUCUGUAGGGCAGCGCUGGAAAAAGAAGACAAUUUUUAAACUGCAACUGUUGAAAAAUACCAUUUUAAACGUGGAAGUACACAAUUUGGAUACUAGCAGGUACUUCACAGUAUUGAUACCAAUUUAAAGAAGCAGAUGAGCUCAGCCAGGCUAACUGGGACAAACGUUUAAAUGUUGUGAAAUGCAUGUAUGACUUGUUGUUGAAGAUGAUGUGAAGUUUUGAAAAAUGCAGUGUCUCCACUCAAACAAGAGCGGGAAUCAAGUCAUCAAUCAAACAUCAGAGCAUUAAAUGGAAAAGUUGCAAAAUGGAAUGCAGGGGAACCAAAAGCUGCUUUUGAAGAACCCAAAGUCUUUUUGAAAAAGGGGCUCUUCCAAAACAUCGGGGAUGAAGAUGCUCUAAAAGCUGUCAGUGAGUCUAGAGUCCAGAACUGAAGCGGUUCCAAAACCGUUUGCAACUUUUCUAAGACUUUCCUGGAAGCUGAUUGCAGAGGUUGUGAAGCACUCAGGCUCUGUGAUACGGAGGUUCCCAAACUUCUGUUGAGGCCUCUGCUGGCCACAAGACCAGCAUGAACUCACUCAUCACUAAUGGUUUCUUUGAAUAUGUAAGGUAGUCCGGGUUUAGUGUAGCAUUGGUACUUUCUCUGGAGUCAUAGUGAGUAGCGCCAUUAGCUUUAGAUGUCUAGUUGGUGUUUAAAUUAAAGUGUUUUAGCUUCAAGUUUAGGAGGAGUGGAGUUCUUUUCAUGUUCCAUAAAGCCAAAAAUGUUCACCAAAGCUCGCCCCUGCCCACGUCUCUUCCUGGCAGCACGUCCCAAGCGUGUCAUGAGACCAGCUGCCGUUAGAGCAUUAUUGUGUCAGGAUUCUCCCUUCCUCCUUACCGGCCAUUUCAGUGGUCCUGAAGGUUUUCAUUAGUUCAGAAGCUUCAGUUUGGGGAACUCGGGUCGUCAAUCGACCACAUGGAUGACUGUGGGCGGGGACUGCAGUGCAGCUCAGUUUUUUGACUGUGCCCCCACCUGUUCAAAAGAUGACCCGUUAGUGCAGAAAGGCAUUCUGCCCUGGGAAUUUGUUUGGCAAAGUCUGAGAGUUGUCCCCCCCCAGUCCGCUUGCUGUGUUGUUUGCAAAAGAAGACAAUGAGGGUCGGGGUCCCCCUCUUCUCUCCAGCCGACCCCCCCCCCCCCAUCCCGUUGUGUUUUUAUAAUUAUAAAGAGAAUAAGAACUAAGGCAUGCAAAAGUUGUGGAGUUUGCAUGUUGGUGUUUUUUUGUACCCCCUCCCCCCAUAUCUUGCACUUUACCACCCAUUGGACCUGUCUGAUCUUCUAUCCGCUCCUUGACUGAAUUUCUCUGUUCUUUGCAAACGUCUGGACUCAUGGCGGCAGAACACGGGUCUGUUUGUGGACGGCAGCAGUUUUCAUUUUGAAAUGUCAAUGCCCCCCCCAAACUAUUAGCUCCAUGUUCUUGAGUUUCCUCGACCUCCAGCUCCUUACAGGGCACGACGCCGUCACGCUUCCGUCACAGGUUUGAUUCUGAGCGCUCCUCCUGUCGUGGGUAUUGAUCAGCCCAGGUUUGUGUAUUGGACGGUCAUCCAAAGUGACGAGCCCCCGCCUUCGCCGUCACUCUUCAAUUUUUUCAAUCUAAACCAAAGCUUUCCCCCCACCCCUCACCCCCAUUCUCAAAGCGUCUGGGCUGAUAUCAAAGAGCACAACGUGAGUCAAGUUUACACCGAUUUUAGUCCCGUUAACGCAUCAGUAAACUUCCAACCCGCCGCCAGCCCCGACUGCUAGCUGGUCUGUCUACGUCUGUCCUGUGCGUAACAGUGCCCCCCACCCACCGGUUAUACCCCUGUAGAUGUUUGUGGUUGAUCAGUGGAAACUAUGAUAAUCAUUUGUGAAAGCGUCUGUUCAGUGCGAGCGUGUUCUGAGACAAUGGAGCUGCUUUUCCCUUUUUUCCUAAGCUUGUUCUCGCUGCAGGGGCGGGGCUUCGCCACUGGUUUGACGGACCGCCAUGUUCUCCGCAGGCCUGCGCUUCUUUACAUGACAGCAACAAUGCCAUGGUUGGUUGCCACGGUCAGCCACAGCACAAUGCCUCUUUGUGGCGCUGGUGCAAAUGCGGAGUCGUGACUGUUUGGCGUUUCCGGACAAAUCCAACUUAUUUGGAACAAUCCCGCCCCGUCAGACCAAUCCGCAGCCUUGAUCACUGAAGUUUUAAGGUUAAACGUAAUAUAUAUCAAAUUUAGAGCAAUAUACUGCAUUUGUCCCCCUGCUCAGGGCGGGACGCAGCGGAGCAGGAAAAAAAUCAUGCAGAGUUUGUUGCAGCGCAACUCUGGAGGAUUUUUGCCUUCCUGAAGCAGAACCCAGAGCUGCGCUGUGUCCCGUUCUGGGCGGGGACUUACCCAAGAUGUUUGUGUUUCUUUGAUGUUGCUUUGAUCUGCUCUCGUCAGCAGCUGCAGCGUUAAGCUCCGCCCACGUCUCUCUGCGCCGCUCCCUGUGAGGAACAAGACAGUAUUUGGCUUUUGACAGUGUUUUCCCCCUGGGAGGAGUUGAGGGAGGAGUCAUAUAGAUAGACAUAUAGACAUUUCCCCCCAUAGCAAAGCUAGAAGAGAUCCUAAAACAAUGAUAUUUUCCCUGUUAUUAUUGUUAUCAUUACUGUCGUUUUUCUUGAUCAUUUUCCUGACCGUCAGACCAAAAGUCGAUGACCUGAAUCCCGGAUGGAGAGCGAACCGCGUCACACAAACAAACAGAAAAACCUUGAAGGAGGUUCUGAUGAUCACUUCAUAGCAAUGAUUCAAAGAAGUACAAAAGGAGUUAUGUUAUCAUGAAUAACUGUAGUAAUAUUGAAUGCUCGCAAUUUUGUCAAACUGAAACUUGAUUCUUUGUGUUCUGUAAUUACUGUAAAUACCUUCAGAGAAAAAAUGAUGCAUGUCUAUGUAUAAAUCUACUGAGAUAUCUAUUCCAGUCAAAGUUGACGAGCUGUUUGAUCUCUGUCCUUUUCCGACCGCCCACCUCACCUGUCCUCACUUUGGCCCCGCCCCCCCCAAUUUCAGUCCUGUUGUGUGGGUGAGAGGUGACAGCAGGAGGGCGGAGACACACAAAUUCCAUCACAGACCCCCCCCCCCGCCUGCAGACGGCUCAGUGUCCUUCCAGCAUAACUGGCUUGAUUAGACAGCCACACUUCUGCAUUAUGCCCAGCUACAGAGGCUCCGCCCACUGGCUCCUCUGAUUAAAGUGCUUCCCUCCAUAUUAUAAAACUUAACCUGCGUCCAUAACAUCCCAAGCUCCGCCCCCAUUCCUCCAGGGCAGCAUCUGCAGUCACAGAUUCUCUCCGUCUUUGUUUGUCAGUGUCUCUCCACCACAGUCAGGUUACGUGCUCCUCUUCCCCAGAGAUUAGUCUGGUUCCAUCUUGAAAUGGACUCAGCUGACCAGUGCACUGCCACAUGUAGACAAGCCCCGCCUCCAGAGGGAGGAACCUCAUGUUCACCGGCGUUUCCAGGCCCCUCCACUAAAUGUAACCAGAAAAUUAUCUUUCGUUUGCUCCGCCUCCUUUGGCCUUAGAAAUGCCUCUUCUUGUCAUGAGCAGAAUCCAACCCUUAGCUCAGAAACACCCGAUCCUGGUUUCUCCGGGUUCGGGUCAGGCGGACCGACCUCCUUAUGUACCUCCAACACGCCACCAGUCUUCCUCCCAGUGUUUGGCCUGCUGAGUUUUCUGGAGAUCUUAAAGGACGUCAAAGGUUAAAGAGAACGGGUGGCGUCUCUGCAGAGGGACCGGGUCCACCGGGGUCCAUCCAGAACCACCGCCUGAGCCCUGGGGCCGGUCCAGAACCACCGCCUGAGCCCUGGGGCCGGCCCCUCGCGGGCCCGCCCAAGCGAAGCGUGCAAUACUCUGGAACAAGGGCUGACCUUCUCUGGCGGAGGCAUCCAGGCCGGCUGGCGUGCACGCCUCCUGCAGAGGCGCAGCGCCACGGUGUGGUCGUUUGGAGGCGGGGCUGAGAAGAACUGGAUCCCACUGCGGGAAAAGGACAGCAGAGUCGCUCUUUAGGCGCAACUUUGACCGGAAAUGCAACUUGUGUCCCGUUUCUUUUGUGUGUGUGUAUGUGUGCGUAGUGUAAUGUAAAAGCGAUCUGUCCCCCCGCCCUCUCCUCCACCCCCCCACCCUGCCCCCUCCCUGAUGCCCCCACCUCUCUUGUACUGCUGUUGGCUGUUCUGUUCAGUUCAUGUGAUGUGCCGGUAUCCCUCCCCUCCCGACCCCCCCUCUUCUUCACCAUGCUGCUCCCCCCCUCUCCUCCUUCUCCCCCCUCAUGGAUCUUUAAGAUGACAACUCUAUGCAGAUGCUGUCUUUUAUAAGUGUGUCAAAGUUUUAAUUUAAAAUAAAACCUGAAAAAACUAACCCUGACCGACAUGUUGAAACAAAAAACGAAUAAAGAAAAGGAUUGUUCAGUGUA